GUUUCUCGCCAGUCAAGAUGGAGGACAGUGGAGUGGACACUUCGUGUCCACAGACUCAGACUCAGACUACACACAUUUCGUGUUUAUACCCAGAAAUCUUGGCGCUUAUAUUCAGUUACUUGGAUGUUAAGGACAGGGGGCGUGUGGCCCAAGUGUGUGCUAACUGGCGGGACGCUGCCUAUCAUAAGAGCGUGUGGAGAGGAGUAGAGGCAAAGCUCCACCUGCGCAGGGCCAACCCGUCUUUGUUCGAGUCGCUGGGGUGUCGAGGGAUUCGCCGUGUGCAGGUGCUCUCGCUACGGCGGGUGCUGAGAGACGUGAUCAGCGGGGUGCCUAAUAUUACCUCCCUUAACCUCUCCGGCUGCUACAACGUCUCCGACAUCAGCAUCACUCAUGCCUUCGCCAACGAGUGUCCCUCGCUCACCCACCUCAACCUCUCGCUCUGCAAGCAGGUCUCAGAUUCUGCGCUGGGAAAAAUCGCUCAGCAGCUGAGAAACUUGGAGGUGCUCGAGUUGGGAGGGUGUUCCUACAUUACCAACACUGGCUUGCUGCUGGUGGCGUGGGGACUGAAAAAACUGCGAGAGCUGAACCUGAGGUCAUGCUGUCUAGUGAGCAACCAAGGUAUUGCUUACCUGGCGGGCCAGCACAAGGAGGCUGCAGACGGCACGAGGGCGCUGGAAUACCUCGGCCUCCAGGACUGCCAGAAGCUGUCGGACGAGGCCCUCAGGCAUGUCGCCAAUGGGCUUCCAAACCUCAAAAGUAUAAACCUGUCGUUCUGUGCCAGCAUCACAGACUCGGGCCUCAAGUACCUGGCCCGGAUGCCCAGUCUGCGAGAGCUGAAUCUGAGGUCGUGCGACAACAUCUCGGACAUCGGCAUUGCUUACCUGGCUGAGGGAGGCUCGUGCAUUACCACGCUGGACGUCUCCUUCUGUGACAAAAUUGGGGAUCAGGCCCUGGUCCACAUAUCCCAGGGGCUGUUCACGCUGAGGUCGCUGUCGUGCUCGGCCUGCCAAAUCAGCGACGACGGCAUUCAACGCAUUGCCCGCACCCUGCAUGAGCUUGACACCCUCAACAUUGGGCAGUGUGUGCGCAUCACGGACAAGGGACUGCAGCUCAUUGCUGAGCACCUCACCAAUCUUUACUGCAUUGACCUCUACGGCUGCAAUCGCAUCACCACGGUGGGUCUCGAGAGGAUUAUGCAGCUGCCCCGCCUGUCCGUGCUGAACCUGGGGUUGUGGCACAAGCAAAAACGGUGACGCUUGUCACACUUAGGUCACCCUAACCAAUCCCCAACCCAGAUUCAGCAGGUGCUCAGCCCCACCGAACAUUCAAGGUAAAUUUUCCGGGCCGACGGCUCAGUCAAAACAGGUAACUGUGCUGUCACUGGUCCCUGGACGGAUCUCCUUGGCUGUGUGCUGUUCACGAGUUGCUUCUGCGGUGUCACUUAUCUAGGGCUGUGCUAUGUAAAGAACUCUUCGUGUAGAACUUGCUCAGGGUGUCAGGGAAAAGUAUUCCUAUAUGUAUACUGUUAGAGACCCAACCCAGUGUGUCGCUGUGCUGGUGUCUAUGAGCUGUACAUUUGGUCAGUGUUAGACUGUUCUGCCAGUGCCAUGAGUGCUGGCGGUCACCCUCCCGCCAGGGGCGUCAUGACGUGCCCUCCGUGCCAUGAGAGGUGCUUGUUCCCGCAGUACUCGCUACGACUUCCUGUUUUAAGGUCGUCUUAUUCUAUGGUAGUAACUACAACGAAUGGCAUCAGUCCAUUACGCCUCCACUGUUCAGUCCCUCGCAGGUCUUCUUCUUGUCUUAGUUACCCAGCAACAUUGGAGAGGGAUUAUGGUGCCAAUCAAUGCCAACUUUACAAAGUCUGGUGUUAGUUUUAGUGAACAAGUGUCAGCAGAAAUCUUUGAACGUUUGUAUAUAAGGUAGUGCCGUGAUAACCAAUGUGAUAUUGUGUCUGAGUGAUUCAGGUCUCGAGAGGGGCACUGCGCUGGCCUCGUGUGUGUGUGUGUGUGUGUGUGUGUGUGUGUGUGUGUGUGUCGGGUUAAGUCUCGGCUAUUGUAAAUAUUAUAGAGUAUAUAUCAAAUUCCUUCUGUCUAUUAGGAGCCAAGUUUAAGGUGUGAGCUGGCGGUGUAAGAGUAGUGCAGUACAGGUGGGUGGUCAUGCAGCAGAGUGGCCAAGGCCCCUAGCGCCUCGGCCUGCAUCCCUCUGCCCCACUCUCCAGUACACUGCAAUGAGUAACAGAGUACUGUUGCUUCAUGAUAUAAAUUUGCAUACAUCCUAGAAUAAUUUUGACAAGUUAAGAAAAAGUUACGCUUCCUCUUAUCCCCUGCCUGUCCGCUCCUCCCUCCCCUACAGUAAUGAGGUGUGUGUGUGUGUGUGUGUUUCUUUCUUGAGCUGUGACAAUCUUUAUUUGUUAUUUAUGUUCCUGCAUGGAUUGUUUUCAACGUUUCACUUGGUAUGUUAUGUUCUUGUUACAUUCUAAUAUUGAAAGGUUCUCAGUUUUUCUUCGUGGGUGGGCGUGGGCAGCCCAGUGCCAGGCAGGCGCCACGCCCGCACCACCUGGAAACAAAUACGCGUAAAGGUCAUCAUUCUUAUCAGGUGAUUCACUUCUCGAUGACAGAAAAGUUACAGUGAGAUAAUGUUCAGUGUUAACACAGUGCCAGGGCGGCGCUGAACGGCGGCACCUCACCGCCGUCCGGAGGAGUGCCACGGAUCCAUAAUCAGGCGGCCACGCUCCUGUGGCACCCAGUACUGGGAAUUCACCACACAGACAGACACACACACACGCACACACACACACACAGACGAAUCUUUAAAUGCACUGUCACAAGUCUGGGGUAUGUGGGGCUGUGCGAGGUGAUGGAUGGACGAAGGAUAUAAACGAUUGAACGAUUCCCUUGUCAUGAUUCCCUUCAAGAUGACUUCACGUUGAUCGUCGCGCCUCUCGUGGAAGCUUUUGUUUCUCCUGUCUCAUCACCUGGAGUGUCUACGACACACACACACACACACACUCUGCGGAUACUUUACACCACUACUUCUCAAGGGUGUGCACCUCACUUCCAGUCAGACACACGGGUGCUGCGUCUCAUUGCCUCCAUUUACAAAAGUCAUGGAUGCCACAUAUUAGAUCAUUUUUAAUGAAUAAAAAGACAAAUGAGAACAAACACGUAACUAAAUUAUUCUGCAGCCUGUAAGCCAAUAUAUCAGUUUUAUGAUAUAAUUCAAAUGCACUAAUUUUGAAUGUUUCUGAGUAAAGCUCUUAAUAAAACCACUACAUUCUAGUGCAUUUAUUUUUCUCUGACUCAUUUCCAACUCAAACUUCUAGACAUUUGACCCACUCUUUACUUACUUACUGACUGAUUGAUUUAUCUCAUCGCACUUGACGUUCAAUCCUUCACUUGUGCUCUAAGUGUCAGUGCUGCGGUCAUAAACAGUGUCACAGGCAACAGUGUUCACAGUCCUCUGCCCCGGUGACAGUGUUGGUACUCCCAUCACGUCGCACCCUUGUGUCUGGGAAGCACUGCUGCUGUACGGAAGUCUGUGCUGUCCGCCACGCCCAAUAACAAUGCUUCCUUAAUCUUAAUGCAUCUAUCCAAACCUGAGAGACGAAACAACAACUCCGCGAGAGACGCGACACCAACUACUGCUCUGCCCUUCCUCUGCGUCAUGCUCAUUAAUAAGGAUAACGUAACACUUUCAAUACACCUCCAUUGUUAUAAAAAAAAAAAAAGUACAUGUAAAGUAAAUCUGCAUCAUGCACUGCCUUGCCUCAACCUAGUGGCCACACCUGUGGGGCAACGGUGGGCAGCAGCAGCCACCACCUUGUCCUGGGAGGCUUCCCCCUCCCUCGUCCCCAGACUCCUCGUUGUGGCGCGGGCCAUACAAAUUAAGUGGAACCAUUCGAAAAUUUUAAAUUCCAAACUAACCAUCAUCAUGCGUAAAUCAUUUGUUGCCGAACUGUGAUGAGAAGAGGAACAGGUUCUCUGCCUUAAUGAGUGUGUGGCGGCCACGGGCCAGCUGCGCCCCUCCGCCCGGCCUCUGGGACGGGGCAGGACCCCACGGCCCCAGCGCAUACUAAUGGCCUGCAGGUCACCACAGUCCUCACUACUAAACACGAACACAUUUAUUUCUCGUGUUAAGACCGCGUAUACAUCAGUAAGUGCCCUUAGUUCGAUAUUUUGUCAGUUUGACUCAAAAUAUCACGCCUUCGUUGUUUCCUCAGUGAACAGGUGCUAAAGCUUCCCGCCGCCUCGCCUUACUCCCGCACCUCCUGUUGUCUCACGCAGUCUGGCGGCGGCGAUCACGUUCCUUACUGUCCCACGAUCCAAACAGAAAAUACCUUCGUGCUAAACCUUCACAUUCACGCCCCGCACCCCCACCUUCCCCGCCCACCGGAGGUCACGAUGGAUCCCUGGCACUCUGACCCCGGCGUGACCCCUGAGGCCUCGCCCCCUGCGCCCUGCGACCCCGGGUGGCCACGGAACACCCUUGGACAAGAGCCUCGUCCCUGUGCUCCUCUGACGCACCAUCUCGCAAUUAGGGACAAAUUACUCCCAUGAGGAUGGUCUGACUUUCUCUCUCUCUCUCUCUCUCUCCUUCUUGAUUGUAAUGUGAAUCAGAUAUAACUUUGCAGUAUGGCGCCAAGUAUAACUUGAAAAGGUUGCUUAUACUCUAUAGUUUUCGAGUUCGUGGUUCAUACAUUCGCUGAUUACAUAUGAAAUUAUGUGCGUGAAAGAAGUCACCGUAUUUUGUUCAAGUGACAGUUUGUGUGAGUAUGGGAGAACCAGUGUUGUGAGGUGAGUCAGAGAGAGACUAUGCUAACAAAACAGGUGACAGAGACGCUGCUCUUCAUUGUUAACUCUUUUACUGCAAAGAAUACUUUUUUUUAUUUCAUUUAAGUCACCUUAGACAGCAGCAAACAUCACAAGACUUUACUACUGUGCAUCAUUCACUCUUAUAUUGCUGUCACUGGUGCCUUUUCAAAUUACUGAAAUAUGGUAAUACUCUUUAAGAGGAAUCAAGAGUGUUAGGUCGACACUGCUAACAUUCCAAGGGAGUUCCGUGGCCUUGUGUUGUGUAUUGUAGGUACAUGCAAAGAGUGGUGGUGUGUGUUUUGGCUAACCACCAACCGAAAAAUGGCUUGUAUUCACGUGGUAUUUAUUUGUGAAAGGGAAAGAAAACGAUGAUAACAAGUACCAUAACAAUUAUCAAUCAUGUACUGCUAUUAUUACUACUGUUGACGCCGCUGCUCUUGUGUGUGUGUGUGUGUGUGUGUGUGUGUGUGUGUGUGUGUGUGUAUUUACUGUAUGUUUCUGGGACCGCCGCCUGUUUUGACACUAUCCCUUCCCACCAUAACCACUCCCCUUCACCACCACCACCCUUCCUCCUUUACGGGUACAAGCUCAAUCUUCCCCCACCAGUCCCUCACUACAAGCUCGCCGGUUCACAGUAUUAGUCACUGGACGGCUGACUCUCUCUCUCUCUCUCUCUCUCUCUCUCUCUCUCUCUCUCUCUCGUUGCGAAAGAGCGGCAAAAAGUGGCCUAAAUUUAAUGUUUUGUAUAUGUUUCCCCAAAUUACUUGCAGCCAACUAACACAACUCAAAGUCCACUGUUGAAUAUAUUUGUUGUUGCUGUUUUAUGAUAAUUAGUUUGACAUUCUCGCAUUUUUUUAACUUUUUUUGGGGAAAAUAAUAGUAUAUUGUUCUUUUUAUUUUGGUGAUUUAGCGUUUUGUCUUCCUUCAUUAGCUGUCGUAAGGCCGAGCGAGGUUUUAUCAGGCCUUGUAUUUUCUUUCUUUCUUUUUUUCUUUGUAAAUGUUCUCCAUCUAAAAUGUUAACAGUCUUGCUAAACUCUAUAAAAAAAUAAAAGAACGUACAAACAGAAUCAGUAAUUCAUUAUAUCUACACAUCUUGAUGGUUAAAGAGUUAAAAAAAAAGAUGAACAGAUCGGGAUUUAUUCACUAAAGCUUGUACUCAUUGUUAUUGUUUUCCAUUUAUUCUUUAUAAUAUUUCGUCGUUCAAACUUAGAAAAAAAUACACUUAAAAAUGACAAAGGUUACCCAUUUUUUUUUUUUUUUUCUCUCUCUCUCUCUCUCUCUCUCUCUCUGGACAUGACAGUUACCAGUCUUUCAGCCCAGCCAGUCACCUCCUCACCUGCCGGUCACCCCCCACCAUGUCCUCUCCACCCCUUCAUCCAUGCACAUCCCCACCUCCACACCACAUGUAAGGUGAUCGUAGUUUUAUCAAGUGUAAUGACAGAGAACCUCAAGGAAGGCCAGUAACCAACCACAUUCCCUCCCCCUCUCCCUCCCUCUGCCACUCCCUCCCUCCCUCCUUCCCCAUUCCUCCAUCUCUCUGUUCCCUUUUCUCUCCCUCCUGUAUUCAUUCCUUUGUAAUGUAUUAAUCUCUAACUCCCCCCACUCUCUCUCUCUCUCUCUCUGGUUCCUUCCUAUUCCUCUCUCUCCUUCCCUUUCUAGUGCUUCUCUUCUUCCCCUCCGUCUCCCUCUCUCUCUUUCUCCUCGUCGCUCUCUCCCUCUUCUGUUCCCCUCCACGCUCCCUCCUGCCUCCAAUGGCUCAAGUACUCUGACGGGCUCCUCUUGUGAGAACGCUGACGUAAGCCUCGCCCGUUCAUUGGCGUCUCUGUUCUGCUCAGGACCUCCCUACGUUACUUGCCGGAAUUUUUCAUUAUAAUUAUUUCCCUUGUGAAUGAACCUCCCCCUUAUUCUUCCUUCCGUCUCAGUUUCUUUCUUCUUUUCGUCUUGUGUCACUUUUCUCCUCCCGUGUGUUUUCGUUCUAUUGGAUUGUAUCGGAUGGAACACGACUGACUGACUCUCUCUCUCUCUCUCUCUCUCUCUCUCUCUCUCUCUCUCUCUCUCUCUCUCUCUCUCUCUCUCUCUCUCUCUCUCUCUGGGCGAUUCACUUCCGUUCUUUACUAUAUAUCAGUAAUUAUGAAUCAAAUAUAAACCAACUACCUCCUCCUCCUCUUCCUCUUCCUCCUCCUCCUCCAUAUCCUUCGCAUCUCCUUUCUUUCUCCACCUCCUCCACCUCUUAUCUCUCUGUUGCUGCUCCUGAUGGUAAAGUUAUUUUUCUAGUGAAUCAGUUCUUGGUUUAUUCUCCCUCCUCCACACUCAAUCCUCCCUCCCUCGCUCCCUCACUCGCUCCAACCCUCGCCACCUCCAGCACACCUGCCCCUCUGUCCUGCCAAGCUCCCUCGUGGUGCAGGUGUGUGGCGAGGCAUGUGAAGUCACUCUUGUUUCACACGUUAGCAUUAUUUUGCUGUUUGAUUCCGUCCACGGCUCUCCAGCAUCCCGAUGUAGGGCCGUCCGUUGCUUUCCUUCACCCGCCCCUGAUCUAUUCCUCCUCCUCUUAUACCUCCUCCUUCCCUCCUUCCCACCCUACCUCCCUCCCCGACCACUUCUUGCCAUAGUGUUCUCUGUCGCACACACUCCACCCCUUCCCAAUAGAGGUGGGUACGUAACGCCCACCUCGACGUGACUCGCCAUUUAG